ACCAAAACAUUCAUCCUGAAACCGAGGUCAAGCUCUGCUUGCACAUUCUCUGCCGUAGUGAUCUACCAGAAAAUGUACCAUCAAAGAGAUUCUUCUGUCCAUCAAGUAAUCUAACUUCAUCUUGCGUCUGCGUACACACUGGAUAAAUUACAUCAUGAUGAUGGCCCAGAGGAUUAUGGGUCAGUCGUCUAUGAGAGAACACGGCAAUGUCCGGUGAGAACUCGAGCGGGCGCCAGGUGGGCAAGCCCAUUCUGAGGCAGCUGCGGCGGAGCAAGACCAUCACCGUCUCGGAGUACGUGGAGCCCGGCCAGACCGCACCCCAUGAAGUGUCGUUCUCAGUGGAGGGUUCUGAACCCACCCUCCCCUCCCCCCAGCCCACCUCCUCCUGUCAGGCCCUGAGGCACGCCGUGUCCGCCCUCACUCGCAUCGAUGACUUCUUCUUGGAGGAGCUGGGCUCAGGAUUUUUUGCCAAUGUGUACAAGGCCACCCAUCGAGUGACCGGGGAAGAGAUGGUGAUGAAGAUCAACAAGGAUUCUUCCAACAGACACAAUGCGCUGCGAGAAGUGCAGCUCAUGAACAGACUCUCCCAUCCCAACAUCUUGAGUACAUCAGUGGAGGGACCCUGGAGAUGCUUCUGUCCAGCAAGACGGAGGAGCUGCCCUGGACCGUGCGCCUCAAACUGUCGCUGGACAUCGCCCGGGGCAUGCACUACCUGCACAUGGAUGGCGUCUUUCACCGGGAUCUCACCUCCAAGAAUGUGUUGAUAAGGAAGGGAGAAAACAAAAACUAUCAAGCCAUCAUUGCUGAUUUUGGCUUGGCAACAAAGAUACCGGAUCCUCAGGCCACGGAACCUUUGCCGUCCGUCGGCUGUCCUUGGUGGAUGGCUCCGGAGGUCAUCAACGGAAAGUUUUACGACGAGAGGGCGGACCUUUUCUCUUUUGGCAUCAUCAACUUGGAGCUGACGGCGCGGAUAGAUGCGGAUCCCGAGACCAUGCCCAGAACUCAGAGUUUUGGAGUGGACUAUGUGAGAUUUUGUGAGAUGGUGGAGUAUUGCCCUCUGGACUUCCUGCAGCUGACUUUCAAAUGUUGCCAGAUUCGUCAAGAGAAGCGGCCAGAGUCGAGCGUGAUCAUAUCCACCUUAGAACAAAUUUACAAGAAUCUUCGGACAAAUUCAUUAUCACAUUCAGGCAAACUGCACAAGAGGUCGCGGUCGGAAGACAACAUCAUCCAGAGCAGCGACAGCUUCAUCGGCGGCGACGACGUCUUCAUGACCCCACAGAUCAUUGCCCAGGCCAUGAGCAAAGACGACCCGCACUACUCGCCCGCAAACGUCAACCCUUUUGCUACCAUCAGCAAAUUCAAAGAUGGCCGCAAGGUUUUGGAGCUUCCGCGGUCUAGAAAAUCUAGCGGGAGCAGCAACGGCUUUGCCUCUUCUUCAGGCUUGUCGUGUGGGAGGUCGGGGGAUCUGCUGACCACGUCCUUCAACGCCGGAUACCCAGGCGAGUCGGAGAGGCAGAAGAGUCAGUCUCUUCCUUCCUCCCCCAUCAUGCUGCGCCGGGCUGCGGAGAAGAUGCACCAGGCAUCACUUCACGGCAGCGAGGCGGUGCGGGUGGAUGUGUGCCCCGAGCUAGAACCGAGCCUCAGCGGGGACCUUCAGGACAACAGCGGUGAUGACAACGCAGUGCCCGCGGCCGACAGACGCGCUCGGUUUGGGUGCAACCGUACUCGUAGUCUGGGGGCGUUAGACUUCUGGAGCCCUCUGGCAGGUGCCAACCGGAGGGGGAAGAAGAAGAAAGGUGGACAGGAGGGCCAGGUGGCCGCGUCGAAUUCGGAGAAACUCGGGUACUGCAAUCGAGACACGGGCGGAAUUCGAGAGUCGAGUUUUGAGGAUGGGUUGGGCAGCUCGGAAUGCCUGGAUGGGGAUGAGAGUUUUUGCUCUGAAGAUGAGGACCCCGCGGAGAGUAGCUUGGUGAGCAACCCGUACGGGAGUGUGCAGAGUGAGGGGGGGGAGGAGGGGGAGGAGGGGAGUGUGCGGACUGAGGGGGAGGAGGAGGGGGAGGUCAGCAGCGUGGCGCCGUACGGCAGUUGUCAGGAGAGUGUGAGCAGCGGCAGCUUGUCCAGCUUUGUCAGCUGUGCCGAGAACAAAGAGGAAGAGGAAAGGGAUGCAGUAGAUGGAGGGGAGGAGAGGCGGAAGGAGGAAAAAGUGGUCGGUCUGCAAGGAGGGGAGGAGGAGAAGAAGGAGAGACUCCACUGUCUUCCUGUCAAUCCUUCGGACGGUGGUUUGGGGAGGCGGCCCCUCGCUGAGAAAAAAGUUGUGACAAAUAGCGGUGAGAGCCGGCCGUUGAUCGCCCUGGAGAGUGGUAGCUACAACAGCGAUCAUUACAGCAGCGACACUUUCGGCAAAACCAUCGUCAAAAAUGGCUCCUCAAAGUCGGGGGAUCGCCUGAAAUCUGGAGACUGUUAGUAGCUGUUUGCUGCUGUGUAUUGUUAUAUUUAACAAAUGAUGCUAGGUAAAGGUAGAAGUAAUGUACAAUGUUCUGAAGGCAUCACUACAGCUAAAUAUUUCAUGGAAAAUGGUGAGAGUGCUUCCUAUUUAUUUAUUCUAGAAAGGUGAGAAGUAAUAAUUUGAUCUGAAACUUUCUUGUGGAAAGUUGAGCCGAUAUUCUUUUGUAGUCUUUGAGCCCAGAAAAGUUGACAAGAUGAAACCGAGGACUUUGGAAUAAAUAGUGGUAUCUGGGCUGUUAUUAUUUAACGUGUAUUCUCAGAGAAUUCAAACUAGGAGAAGUGUUUUGAAGCAAACAUUUUUCUUUGUGGUUACUUUAAAAGGAUUUGUGUUGAAGAAGGUAUGAAGGCACUUUUGAAAGGCGUAGAUAGAAUUUAACAGAAGUUUCUGACCACAUUAGCACUACUUUUUCUUUCUGUCUUUUAAAAAAAAAAUAGUGCUAAGAUUUUCGUCUGCUUUGCUAUUGUUUCUUGGUUGACAUUUUGUUCCUAGUUCUGAGUGAUAGUUUGUGUGAAACAUUCCUUAUCUCUUCUUCUCUCUCUCUCUCUCUCUCUCUUUUCAUUCCUUAUCUCUUCUUCUCUCUCUCUUUUCAUUCCUUAUCUCUUUAUCUCUCUCUCUUUUCCUGGCUCUCUCUUUCUCUGUCUGUUCUAUGCUGUAUAAACAACUGUGAAUAUCUUUGUACUUUUUCUGUGUGAGAACCGAUUAACUCUCCUGACCUAGAAUAAUUUUGUUUCAUCAUCAGUUUUUGUCCUAGUUGUGGCCUGAAGCAGUCAGUAAUUUUCCACAAUAUAAUAUUGUUUACUUAGGUCAGCUCAGCUCAGGUUUUAGCUCUCUGAUAUAUAUCGGCGAGAAAAUCUCUCGUUUUCUGAUAACUCGUGAAAAAAUUCCAUCUUGAGUUAAUCAAAACAAAGUUUGACCAGAGAUCAAAAUGCCUCUCUCCACCGACAACGGCUAAAGGAUAACGUGUGACUGGUUCUGUCCCUUCAUCGAUGGCUGUGGGCCACGUCUACUGGAUAUCAUCGGUGCUGUCCCUUUCAUGGAGGGCGGUGAGCCACGUCUACAGGAUAUUGUGUGACUGAUGCUGUCCCUUCAUGCAGGGCUGUGGGCCACCUCUACAGGAUUUCGUCAUCGACAGGAUAUUGUCUUCCACAGGAUUUCGUCGUCUACAGGAUAUUGUGAGACUGGUGCUGUCGCUUCAUGGAGGGCUGUGAGCCUAAUGUGGGUCAUGAUGUUGUGCCGUGACUCCUGUCUUCCACCACCGGCUUCGUUCUUUCCGUUGUCCGGGCUUUGACUCUGAUGGUGCGCUUUUUAAGAAAGUUAUUUUUUUGUGUUGUGCUUGCUCAGCUCUGCGAAGCCCCAUAUAUAUAUAUAUAUAUAUA